GUUGAGAGAAGAAUGGGAAAAACAAAAGGCCUUAAGUAAUUUAUCGUCAUUAGUCCCAAAAAAACAUAGGCAUGGAUAUCCAGAUACAACGUUUGCUGAAGAUAUGAGUUUGGUAACAGACAACAAUGUAAAGAACGAUCAAAAUAUAUUAUAUGUUAAUCAACUAAAUACGGAAGGGCAGACUGGAAAUAUUCCAUCACCGGAUAAAUUACCACCAUCAAUUAUUGAUAGUCUCAAGAAAUUGGAAGUGAAGAAUAAAGUCGUGUCAAAACAG